AUGGCCUCUACCACUACCCACCCAGACCCCGAGUCCGGCUCCGUGCCCUCCCAGGGUACCACUACUACCGACAGCCUCCCACCAGCCCAGUCAGCCCCCUUUUCCGACGACCACGCAGCCGUCCUGCCGUCAUGGAAACGCACCGUCAUCCUCUUGGUCGUCUGCUGGAUGACGCUCCCCGUGACAUUCAUGUCCACGUCCAUCAUGACCGUGAACCCCGAAAUCGCCGCCACUUUCUCCGUACCCGCUACGGCCAUAUCCACCGCCAACGCGGGUGUCCUCGUAGCGUCGGCCAGCUCGGCGCUGCUCUGGCUGCCCAUCACCACCAUCAUCGGUCGCAGGGCCGCCUACCUGGUGGCUGUGGCCGUCUUUAUUCUGUGCUCGUUGGGUUGCGCCCUGAGCGACAGUAUGGCGAGCUUCACGACACUGUGGGUCCUCAGUGGCACGACGGGGCCUUUCUUCCUUGUUGCUGGGCAAACCAUUCUCAGUGACAUUUUCGAUCCCGCUGUGCGUGGCAUGGCGGUGGGCUUCUUCCUGGGUAGCACCGUCAGUGCGCAAUCCAUCACACCCAUGAUCUCGAGCAUCAUCGGCACCUAUACAUCCUGGCGUAUCAUCUUCGGCGUCCAGGGCGCCAUGGCUCUCCUCGGCGGCGUCAUGGCCUUCUUCUUCAUCCCCAAGAGGAGCCAGCUGUCCAACGUGAGCGUCGAGACGAAAAAGGCAAAGAACGCCAGGAAUAUCCUCUCCGCCUUCAACCCGAGCAACAUUUUUCGUCUCUACAAGUUUCCCGGUAUCCUCCUCGCGGACCUCACGUGUGGCGUCCUCGCCUUCAACCAGUACAGUCUCCUCGCGUCGGUGCGCCACAUUAUCAACCCGCUCUUCCACCUCACAUCACCCAUGUCCUCGGGCCUCUUUUACCUCGCCCCCGGCGUCGGCUUCCUCGCUGGCUCCAUCGUGGCGGGCCACCUGUCCGACCGCACCGUGCAGCGCUACAAGCGCCACCGUCACGGACUCCGACUCGCCGAGGAUCGCCUCAACAGCAGUCUGCCCUGGUUCUUCGUCGUCCUGCCUCUAGGGACGCUUCUGUAUGGCUGGAGCGUGGACAGGGAGGUGGGUGGUAUGGGACUGCCCAUCUCGUCGUCCUUCAUCCAGGGGUUCGGGCUCAUGGCUGCGUUUAACGGGCUGAAUACGUAUGCGGCCGAGGUACAUCCCGAGUUCAAGGCGGCGGCGAUUAGUGGCAAGUAUUUGACGCAGUACUGCUUUGGCGCCGUGGGCGUGGGCGUUGCUGUGCCCUUGAUUGACGCCGUGGGGGUUGGGUGGGCGUUUACGAUUACGGCGAUAUCUUCGCUCCUCGGCGGCUGUAUGGUCCUCUUCAUAGCGAGGUGUCUAGUUAGGGAGUCGGCGGCUCUGCCCAGGCCAAAGUUCUUUGACAAGGGAGAGGCCGGGCUACCUCGAUAA